ACAGAGUUACCUCCCCUGUACUGCUUGUGACAGACCUUGGGUCCCUUUUCAGACAUAACAGUAGGCUUUACCCCACACUGGGGCCACAGGAACUCGUCAUUAGUCAGUAACCCCCUAUAUAUAAGCAGAGAAUUCCUGUGACCUAGGGCUAGAAGUUCCAACUUAAGAUAUAACACUGUAUAUUUUGCAUACAUUCUACGGUAGGAUUUGCAUAACCACGAUAGAGCAGGCAGCAGCGCGGAGAUUCAGGUGGACCUUUGAGACGUCAUGACUAUCAGCUGAUCAUGGCAACAGUGGCGGAGAGACGGGAGGCAGCUGUUGUGGGUGCACUCGUAGCUGAUGCAGCCAUUCAGCCCCUGCACUGGAUAUACAAUGAAGAGAAGCUGACUGACCUUAUCAAGGACAGAGAUGACAUAGAAUUCUGGACACCGUCCGCCAACCCUUUCUAUUGUCUGGAAACUGGACUCAACAGUUGCUAUGGUGACCAGUCCUUUGUCAUAUUGAAAUCAUUGGUGCAGAGCCAAGGUGUUGAUGUAGAAGACCUGAAGAAGGCCACCUAUGACAGAUUUGGUCCCAAGUCUGACUAUGAGAGUGCUGUCAAUGCCGCCUACGCUGGGACGAAGGAGAAGAAGCUGACCUCUGCAGACCUUCCACUAAAAGGACCAUGGCGCCAUGCCAGUAUCAAACACUUCUUGAAGAACUUUGAGAGCAAAAUGGAAGAGACAGGUUCGGAGACUGAUGAGCAAAUUGACUGUGUGUUGCGGAUGGUGCCUGUGGUGGCGCUGUACGCAGGACGGCCAGAGAUGCUAGAUAAAGUUGAGAACGUUCUGCGUGUUACCCAAAACUUUGACACUGCUGUGUCAAUCGGGCUUGCCGCUGCGAGAAUCCUUGAGUACUACAUUGUCCAUGGGCCGAGUCCAAGUGUUGUUGACCAGGUGAUCAGCCAGUUGGAGGACCCCCACAGACAAGCCCCCCAGGACCUGGACCGGGCGGUUAUCAGUUUCCUCAAAGAGGUCAAGGCCUGUACAGACAAGCCCCACCACACAGUUGUCACCGAGAAAUUCAGGAAAGACUGACAUUUGCCAGGGGCCCUCCAGUCGGCCCUGCACGGCGUGUUGACGGGUACCGAUUACGUCGGCGCUGUCCACGCCACCAUGAGAGUAGGAGGCUGCAAUGCUUCACGUGGAGGAUUCAUUGCAGCGUGUUUUGCAGCACAGAAUGGACUGAGCAGCAUCCCAGAUUCUUGGAAAUCAAGGACCAAGAAAUACGAAGAAAUUGCGAGUCUUGCUAAAGAGCUGGUUGCCAUCCUGCCUUCAUAAUCAAACAGAACAUCACCAUAGCAACCAGGGAAGCUUGCUUCAACAAGAAGCCAAAACUGAAGAUUUUAUUUCAUACAUGUAUAUUUCUUGAGUACACAGAAGUACCAUUUUGAUGUAUUUGUGACAAAUGGGAUAGUUUCUGAAUUUCUAAUCUUUUAUUUAUCUGUUGAUAAAGGAAAGACACUAACAAUGAAAAAGAUCAGAUGAUAUAUCAGCUUUUGGAACAAAAUAUUUACGUCAUUUUUAAAAUAAUGUGUUUGUUAUCACGUUUUUGGUUUUAUGCAAAGUUAUAACGAAUAUGAAAGUUUUAUUCUUCAGCAGUGUGAUAAAAAAAAGUAUGUUGCUUCUUUACACAAUGUGCUCCAGCCUCUUCAGUACACCAGAUGCAUUUGAUCAGUUAUCAUUUAAAUUCUUAAAAUAUUAACUUUGAUUUUUGUUGUGACAUCCAGUUAUUUUUCUAUUCCUCCAAAGAUGCCAUCUCAUUAAAAUCAGAUCUUAGCGCUCACUACCGGUACACCAAAGCUAUGGGUAGCAGUAGCCUGCACUAAGAUCUGAUCUUAAUAAGAUUAUCAAAGUUGCGCAGCAAGGCAAAUUAAAAUAGGAUUUAAAUUGGGCUGGGACGAGUCUGAAUUCACUACCCUUGGGCACGCCAGAUACCUAUGAUUGUGGGUUCGAAUCCCGGUUCGCCCCGAUUAUGUUUCAAGGUUUGUCAGCACCAUACCCGUGCUCGUG